ACUCUCUCCUCUCUCCUCCAUCAUAAACAACCAUGGCGGAAAGUUUGCAAAAAAGACUUCAGUCGGAGCUAGACAAGUACAAAUCAGUGCAAAAAGAUUUUCAGAAAUAUGUCAUGCAACGGCAACAGCUAGAUGCGCAGCUAACAGAAAAUAAUGUUGUGAAGGAGGAGCUGAAUCUACUAAAGCCAGAUGCAACUGUGUACAAAAUGAUAGGCCCUGUGUUAGUUAAACAGGACCUAGAAGAAGCGAAACAGACUGUCAGCAAACGAAUAGAGUACAUUACCGGUGAAAUUAAACGAGUCGACACGACAACAAAAGAGUUAGAGAAGAAGCAGGAGAGCCACAGAGAUACUCUAUCCAAGCUUCAACAGCAGUUUCAACAGGCACAAGUUAAAGCAGCAAUGAAAUCUUAGUCACAGUUAGUUACAUCUAUCUUUGUUCUGUUAUCUUUCUUCCUCUGCUACUGCUAAUGAAUAUCUGUAUAGAUUUUGUUAUAAAGUUUGUGAAUCAGUCAACCAAAUCAUCAAAAUUUUGAUUUUUAAAAACUUCUGUUUUUACUUUAAAAAACUAAUAGUAUGAUUCGUCUACAAUAAUAACAUGUGAAUUGUGAUUGGUUUGAUCUGCUGAGCAUGUGGGUAUUGAACAUGUUUCACUCAUGCAUCAAAUUGGUAGCAAUAAUAUCAACUUUAUUGAGGUGGAUAUCCAAAAAGCUUUUGAUCCAUUCCGGUGUGGCAUGUCAGUAUAUGGAACCCUCUUUUUAAAAGGGAUUAACAUUAUGAGUGUUAUUAAAAUAAUGUUUUCAACUCACAAAUA